GGUAGAGAAAUGCGCCCAAAGAAUUAGGGUUAAAGAAACUAUCAAUUAAAAUAUCUCUGUAAAGGUUUUUUAUAUGGUGACUUGCAGCCUAUGGAUUACCAGAGUUUAUUAGAAUAACGUAGAAGGUUUCUUCGAUAGAUUGUUUUUCCUUCUUUUGGUGUCGGUUGGAUUGUGAGUUGGAUACUUUACAUUUGCAUAAAAUUUUACGUGUUUUUGAACUGUUGAAUCUAACAAACUACCCAUAAAAUUGAAAACCAGUCAAAAUGGUGAGUAUACCAGACUGGACAAAGUUUCAACGUCUCAAUGAGACACAACGGGAGGGGUCGAACGUUGGAAAUCUCGAUAAAUACUACAAGCAACGGGAAGAGGAAACAAUUAGACAGGCGGAACACCAGGGACUGCUUAUAACUCCUUCACAAGAUUUCCUCAUCAGAAACUGUGGUAAGCUAUCCAAUGGAAAAUACAUCAAGGAUGUCUCUCAGUUGUUGUUUGUUCGAUUGGACGGUUACCAUCUGCGGAAAAUCGGGGAUUUGACAUUUUGUAUGAACAUAAGGAUUUUGGUUCUGAACAAUAACUUUUUAACAAAGAUAGAUGGAUUAGCAGCAUGCAGGCAUCUGAUUAAGCUAGACCUUCAUAGUAAUCAGAUAAGCCAACUUCCAGGCCUGGCAUUCUGGUCAGGAAUGCGAGCCCUGAAAUUCCUUCAUCUCCAUGACAACCCCCUUGGGAAGUAUGAAAGCCUGCAGAAUCUUGCCACCUGCCCGAACCUUAUGGCCCUGACGAUGUUUGAUACGCCCCUCAGUUUGAAGCGGAACUAUCGACAUCAUGUGGUCAAUAGUGUUUGGACUUUGAAGGCAUUGGACAACUAUGUGAUCUCAGAUGAGGAAAUUAUUGAGGAUGCUGUGUUUGGGGGUCCAUUUGGAGCUAAAAAUCCAAACUUCAGGGUCCAGUUGUAUCAUAACACCGGGGAGCGAUCAAGUUUUGCUGAUGAGCUUCACCUAAUGAAGGAGAUUGAGUGGCAUAUUAACCAAAUACAGGCACACUUCUCCCCGGUGUUGAUUGUGCAGAAGUUCAUGAGGGGACAUCUAUCUAGAAAAAAGUAUGGCUCUGUGCGUCAGCCCAAGGUCAAGUCAGCCCGGGGUACUGUCCCCCCACCCCCAAGUUCUUCUCCAGUACCUGAUUCUAUACAGAGGGAGGCAACAAUGAUCCACUUCACUGAUCGACUGCAGGCUUCCCCUUCACCCAGUGAGGAUACGUCAUAUCAGAGAAAAGAACAAACGGAGGGAUACCAGGAGCCUUUCACCACACCCUUGGACAUGGCCUAUGACCCAGGCACAGGACCACCAUCUGAGGCCAUGACACGGAAUGGCUCUCCUCGUAAACGUAAAAACCUCCUGAUCAACCUUGCUAAACUUGAAACUGGAACUUUUUCAAGCAUUUACGAUGCAGAGCAGAUUGCAAUUGAAACAGUUCUACCUCAGGACUCCAGUGAAAAACCUGAGUCUUCGGCAAAACGACGAUUACGAAAAAGGAAAGAGAAAACACCACAGAGAAAGAUUGUGAAAAGCGUAAGACAAUUUUUUGGGCCAAUGGUCGGUAGCACUCCGACUCCCGAUAUUGAAGACAGACAGGAAGACGAGGAAGAAACACCGGUGACGGAAUAUCGAUUACGAGGGUAUAAACCAAAUAUAAUACUUAUCGAUCCGACGACAGAGAUGAUUUUGUCAAAGCAGGAAGCGGGACGGUUCGUUCGGGAUGCUGAGUUUGAACAUCAUAAGAGAUUACAAGAUGCAGCUACUCCCAGAAUUAAACAGCCAAAAAAGAUUGUCAGUAACGAUCAAAGGAUUUAUUCCCGCGCGCACGGCACUAUGGGAAUGUCAUGUUUGUUUGCCGUGCAUCAGGCAUACAAGGAUAGAGAAAAGGCAGAAAAGACAGCAUCAAAAAUGGAACAUAUUCUGAGUAUGAGAGAUGAAAGAGAUAGAGCAAAAGAGAGAAUUAAGUUGUAUCAUGAUGAGAAAAGGUCAAACGCUCUGAAGCAAAGAGAUUUAGAAAGGGCAAAGACUCUGGAACAUUUGGAAAAGCGUGAAAUGCAGCGAUUGAACUACCUUGACAAGAGGCAUGAGAUUAAGAACAAAUCUGCUGAUUUGAACAAGUCUUACAGACAAGAUUACACGUUCAUUACAGAAUUUAGUAACCAACAUACGUCCGUGUCUAAUGCUCUUAUGCGUCAUGACAGACAGGCAAAGUUUGAAGAUCACAUACAAGGAAAGACAGACUUGGUUGCAAAUAUGAGUGCGGCUGAACAGGAACAGAAAGAGGUUGUUAAGAAGUACCUAGAACAUCGUCAACUUAUGCGACAAACAGAGUCUGCCAUGGCGCGGGCUACUCUUGACACAAGAAUGCUGACGGAGGUGAAUGAUCGCAUGCUAGAAGCACGCACAAGAGUUGCACAACAAAAAGCACGAAGGGACACAGUUCAAGCAUUCUAUCCACUGCCAGUGAUGACCCCUGUCCCAACCGCUAGCUCAGCCCCUGCUAACGUGGUACCAGGUUUACCUAGGUGGGAUACAAACAUUCUUAUGACUUAUGCUCGAGGAAGCAAACAUCAAACUAUGGUGCAGUGAAUAUUUUUUUGGUCAAUUUUGAUUGGUUAAUUACAUGCUUUGUUGAUGAAUAUGGUUUUUCACCUUUUUUUAAUAAAAAUAUCAAGGGAAUAGAGUUCAUAUCACCAUUCUGUUUCCAAAUGUGAUAGUGAAUGUUUUGUGAGAGUAUACUUGUAAACUAUGCAGCAUCUUUAUGCAGAAAAAUGGUCAAGACUUAGUACAUGUAUUUUGUAACUAUUGUAUCCUUUGUAACUAAAUUCUGAUCAAUGCACUGUUCAUUCAGUUGAUUUAACAUCAUGUGUUUCUCAAUAUUGUAUUUUUUUUCAUUAUCUGAUAUUAAAUUCCUUUAAAUUUGAAAUUUUACCACCGAUCUAUCUAAAAUCAUCUUACUACUCUGAGAGUUAUCAUAUUAAUCCUUUAUUUAGUAAAACCUGUAUUUAGUACUAUUGCAAAUAACCAUUCAAGGAAAGGAACUUUAUUAGUUAAUUCUACCAUUCCAAUCCUUUAUUUUAUAUGUUUGUAACAAAUGCUGUAUUGUUGUUUUUCUGCAUAAUAAAUAUGUUUAAACUAAGUGAUAGUUACAUGUAUGUCACCAAAUUCAUGAUUGCUGUAUAUUUGGUUGUGUGGUUUCUCAUUUUAAAAUAUUUCUUUUAUUUUAUUUACAAUUAUGCUCAAUUGAAACAUUCAUUUAGUACUUCGAUCAUUUUCCCAUACAUUUUUGUUAUGGGAGACAUAUAAUUGUUCAUGUAUAUUUUUUGUUGAUUUUCUAUAUGUAUAUGUUUGAUAUUUUCUGUGAUAGUUUAUUUUACACCUGUAUAUUUUUUCAGUAUUUACAUUCAUAGUUUCAAUUUCCAGUCAUUAGAUUAGGAUUUUUUUUUCGAGUCUGUUAAUGUUGUAGUCUUGUGGUCUUCAACACCAGAAUGCUUGGAAAAUAAUUAAAAAUAUGUUAAAAAUAUUAAAUAUAUGGUAAACUUUGGUGAAGGAUCGAAAUUUAGCGUUGGCAUCAGGAUGCAGAGCUGAAGUUAAAAUAUAUAAUAAACAGAUCAUAUCUAGUAUUAGGGCAAAAAGUGAUUGUAUACUUCUAUCAUUUACUUUUAUUGAAGAUGCAUUUUUUUAUUAUUUUUCUGUAUACAGUAUUGUUUAUAAAAUUGAGGUUAUACGUAUAUAAUUAUGCAAUGAAACAGGUUAACAUUUCUUUUGUUUUUUAUGCAUGAUUCAUAUACUUUAUAUCCAUCUGAGCCUUCUUCAUAAAGAUUUCAAUCACAAUUAAGAUGUAAUAAAUUUGUAAAACAUGUACAUCAAAGUAUUUUCAGCUGAGAAAAAAAGUCAAAUAAAAUGAAUUAU